AUGGAGGUGGCAAACCAAAAACAAGACGUCCAUGUGGAGGUCAUUGUUAAAUCUCAAAGUUGCAGUAAUACGUCCCUGUACUUUGUCUUUUGUUUAUAUUUCAGCACUGCUAAACUGACUGAGGUGAAGAUACACAUUAUGUCUCUGCUGAACCGCCACAGCAUGAUAUUUGGAAACUACAGAUGGACAGAGUUUGAUGAUGACUUCCUACGCAAACAUGUGGAGUCUGUGGCUAUAGGUGAUAUAGAGGAAAUGAUAACACAGCCGCUUGAUCUGAAGAAUUGCUCUCUCUCCGUUCACAUCUUCACUCUGAAUGAGGAUGGACCCAGCACGCUCAGUUUGGAGGAGGAAGAGGAGCUUUCAGCAGCCAAUCACUGGCUACUGCCAGCAGCUGAAUUUCAUGGCAUUUGGGAGAGUCUGGUAUAUGAGAGUGGAGUCAAAACCCAGCUCCUGGAUUAUGUCACAACAACAAUUUACUUCUCAGAUAAAAAUGUUGACAGCAACCUGAUUUCCUGGAACCGUGUUGUGCUGCUUCAUGGACCUCCAGGCACAGGAAAGACGUCACUUUGUAAAGCUCUUGCCCAGAAACUGUCAAUCAGGCUGUCUAAUCGGUAUUCUUAUGGUCAAUUUGUCGAGAUAAACAGCCACAGCUUGUUCUCAAAGUGGUUCUCAGAGAGCGGUAAACUGGUCACAAAGAUGUUUCAAAAGAUCCAACAACUGAUUGAUGACAAAGACGCUCUUGUGUUUGUUUUGAUUGAUGAGGUGGAGAGUCUUACAGCAGCGAGGAAUGCCUCCCAAGCAGGAACAGAACCAUCUGACGCCAUCCGUGUGGUCAACUCUGUCCUCACUCAAUUAGACCAAAUCAAGCGACAUUCCAAUGUCGUGAUCCUGACGACCUCCAAUGUGACAGAAAAGAUUGACCUGGCAUUUGUGGACAGAGCUGACAUCAAGCAAUACAUCGGACCUCCGUCUGAGAAGGGCAUCUACAACAUCUACCUCUCCUGCCUGGAGGAGCUGAUGAAGUGCCAGAUCGUCUACCCUCGGCAGCAGCUGUUUACCAUGUUUGAGCUCGAGACAAUGGGCUUUGCAAAGAGUGAGGUGUCUGAACACAGUCUGAAGCUGAGGAACGUUGCUAUAAAAAGCAAAGGUUUGAGUGGAAGAGCACUCAGGAAGUUACCAUUUCUAGCUCAUACACUGUUUGUAAAGGCACCAACAGUGACUCUGGAAAGGUUUCUGGAUGCUAUGGACCGAGCAGUGGAUAGACAGAAAGAGGAAGAAGCCAACCUAGUCAAUGCUGUCUGAACUUAUGACAGUGCUCAAAGACUUUUCAUAAGCUGUAAAAUUCAUGCCAGGUAUGUUGGUAGUUCCAAAAACUACAACACUAACAUCUUCUUAUGAAGCAUUGUCAGCUAAUGUGGUGCCAUAAAGUUAAAU